AGGAAAAGGAAACGAAACCCAGCAACGCGACGCGUAGCCCACCAGUACCACGCACGACCGAACUAGCACGGCGGCGGCGAUGGGAGGAGAGGCCACGAGUGCCGGCGGUGGGGGGUUCCGCGCGCGGAUGGACCACUACCUCUACAGCGGCGAGAAGAAGCACGUCCUCGCCGGCAUCGCCAUCUUCACCGCCGUGUUUGGCGUCCCCUGGUACUUCAUGACUCGAGGGGCAAAACAUCAAUCUCACCAAGAUUACAUGGAAAAAGCCAACAAGGCGAGGUCAGAGAGGCUUUCUUCUGGACAGCCAUCGGCACUGAAAGAAUGAAGUUUUGACUUAUUAUACGAGGGUUUGGUCUGUUGUCAAAUAAGCAGAUUAUCUUUCUUUCUUAUUUCAUUAGCUAUAGAAACCAAGUAUUGGUGUAAUACGUUGCAAGAAUUUUUGUCUACUGGAGCAUGUGUCCACAAUUUGUGCUCUUAAGACAUGAUCGAUACAUAAGUCUUGCAGUAUCCACAACCUUCUAUUCCUUGUGGUUGUAUUUCAACUAAAUGCCAAACUUGACAAGUGUGUGUUCUUCGGUUGAAAUCUGAGUUGAAACUUGAAA